UUCACACCGCCUCGAAAGGUGAUGCAGCCCUGGUUGAUUAAUCGCCGAGAAUAUUGCCAGCCAUUGCAAAUGCAGAGAAUCAUGGCAAAAUUAUUCUAAUGGUUUACUACCUAAACAAUGCCUAAUGAGACAUGUUACUUGCAUUUGAACAAACUUUCUUAUCUAUGUACCAAUCCUGCAAUGAUUUGAUGUAAUUUUCGCGUAAAAAAUUCGAUUCGAAACCAUAAACAACGUCGGAGUACGAGUCUGCGAUAGCCGUGUUAUUUAAUAAUAUAAGAGCUUCAGCGAGUGCGUUUGCCGACAGCCAAAACAAAGAAACACGAUACCCGCAAGUUGUGGCGGCCUUAAAGUUUUUAACAAGUGGUGUUUGCAUAAUUUACAUCAAAAACUGAUAACGGGAGUCCUUAGAAACUUCUCGUCAGAGCAUUUCUUCUUUUGAGUGGAAACCGAACACUAAAUCCACUUUAAAGAGAAGUGCAGUGAAGUGCCGAACCUUUUCGAUAGCUUGCGCGACAGCGUCGCUUGUGAAAUAGCACAUAUCCCCACGAUAAUCAUGUAAAGAAAACGUCAUACGAAUAUGUGCUUGUGCUGAGAGGCAGCGAUGUAAAUAAAAUUGGAGCUGCUCCCGAGGAAAAUCUCACCACAAAGCUGUAAAAACUUGGAUGCCGGAGUGUUACUUGCAGUACGAGUUAAAAGAGCGAUCGAAACAACGAAAUACCAGCACGAACCGUAGAAAACUGAACCUGGUGUCUGCGGAUCUUGCGAGUUCUCCGAUCCCAACCGUCGAGACGCUACGAUGCAUGCAUCCUCCGCCGCGGCGACCGCACUUGUGGAGUACUCGGACGUCAGCUCGGAGGACUUCUCGGACCAGGAGACCGGUGACUUGGAUGCGGAAGCCGGCAAGGGAGCCGGAAACAUCAAAAAACCAAAGCCAGCUACGGAUAAUCAGUUCUCCAAAGGUCGUCUUGGUGCCAAGCCCGAUAAGGAGGGUUAUGAUAACUACAGAAAUAGACGAGCAGAAGACUCAAACGAUCCCGCUGCGGCCGGAUCGAGGCAAACUUCGAGCAGCGAGGCGACCAAUCCGCGUGAGGAUCCCUCCCAGGCAUCCAACACCUCGAAGGACGAGCUGUGGAGCAGGGAGAUCUACAUGUCCAGCGACUCCAUUGACACCGACGAGCUCGAGGCGGAGAUGAAGCGCCAGAAGCGCAAGAAGCAGAAGAAGGACAAGCACAAACACAAGUCUAAGAAGAAGUCCAAGAAGCGCAAGAAGAAGCGGGCCAAGUCGUACUCCAGCAUCGAUUCCAUGUCCGAUAACGACAUCAAUGCCUUACUAGACCGGCGCUACACCCCGCCGACGGCUCCUAACAAGAGCAACGAGCGGACGGUGAGCGCAGCGCCCUCCACCUUCACCCCACACAACCUCAAGGAGAGCAGUUCGCCGGCCACUCCUCCGCCCGCGCGUCGCCCUAACCCCAAUAGCACCUACUACGGUGAGUCGUCUGUUGAGACGGCCAACACUGCCCUGGGCAGCAACCUGCAGGUCACCGUAACGAACAAGCAGACGAGCAGUAACCGGCACCGCUCCCCACCUCCCUCCACCCGCUCAAGUGGCAACGGCCCGAGGUUUGCAAACUCACCGCGGACUCCGCCGCCCUCGCACUACACCUCCUCUAGCGGUGGCGGCGGUGGUGUCGGCGGCAGUGGGUCAGUGGCGCGCGAUUCACGCAGCUCCCGCUAUGUAAAUAGUCCCCACAAGGAAGAAGUGAAUGCGCAUCAUCGCUCCAGUCACGAUCACGGAUAUCAGGCUCGUUACUCUGGUGUCGGUUCCAGCAGCCACGAUGCCAGGAAGGUGAAACGCUUAUCACCGGAGCUGGAUCGCUACAAUCAUCAGCCGAGCACGCCGCCCCACAAGCGGCGGAAGUUCAGCGAUAGCCGAGAUGUGGGCCUUGGAAACUUUGAACAUAGUAGACACCACUCUGGCAAAUACGAACGCUUCAGCAGGGAUCGAUAUUCCAGGCGGUCAUCACGGAGCCCUAGUGUGCAGCACUCGCGAAGUCGACAAUCUCCCGUCGGUGGCACGACGUCCAGUGGAGCAGGUUCAAAUGCGUUCCGGCAUGGAAGCAGUCACAAACACAAGUACGGAACGACGGCUAGCCCGCCAUCUUCCCAUGCGACGAGGUCCAAGCGUGCUUCCGGAGCUGGUACCUCUGGUGAUCGCUACUCAAGAUCGCCGAGGCCAAGUUCGCGCUACUUGGAUGCCUCACCGCCGUCGCCUGUCGGAGCUUCCAGCUCUCACCACCAUCACCAUCGUCGCUCGCCAAAGAUGCGUCAGAGGACCAGAGGGGGCAGUCGUCGCCGGUCGCCCAGUUCGGCCAGCAGUGCCAGCUCCGCCUCGCGCAGCCGUUCGCCCACGUCGAGGGAUCUGAAGCACAAGCGGGAGGAGUAUUUCAAAAAGAUCAGCGAGACAAGUCUGUUUGCCGAGCUGGUUAAAGACCGUCACAAAAGGCAGAAGGCCCUGAAGGAAAUCAUUGAGCGACAGGAGGAGAACAGCAAUAGCAAUAGCAACAGCAACGGUGCACUGACCAUUAACGACAACAGUUCCUCGGUAGAUGGCAACACGCCCAACACGGGUGAUUGCCGAUCUGGCCCUGGAAGUGGAACACCCGCAGCGGCGUCGACGACUUCCAAUGGGCUUGAAGUCCUGGGUAGCAAACCAGAUCUGGACCUCAAUAACAUUCCCAUGCCAAACAAGGACACCGAUAUUUUGGCUCCGAAUCUGGGUCCAAGCUCCGAUGUUCCGGACAGUUCGACGCCAUCGAAGCAACCUUUGUUGGUAGCACCGUUCUCGGCCAAUAAAAACAACCUUAAACCGAAGAGUCUGUCCUCUUUGCCGCUGCCUCCUGGCAUGAAUGCCCUCGACCUGGUCAAUGCGAGAUCUCCUUCGCCGGCGCAGAAAAAGGAAUCGGAUGACAAGAACGCCAAUUCCACCGGCAGCGCCAACAAGAGCGUGCUUAACCUUCCGAUGCCACCGGUAAUUCCUGGCAGCGAAGAGCUAAGUGGCGACGAUGAUGUUAUCGACAGUCCCGAAGACUUUGAUGCCCCAGCUGGUGGCAAUGUGCAUGGCAAAGUUGGUGGGCAGGGAGCCACCCGUCGUCGACCAGUGAUACUCAAUCGCAGAGAUUCGAGGAACAACGUCCGCGACUGGGGCGAGCGGUGUGUGGAUGUGUUCGAGAUGAUUGCGCAAAUAGGAGAAGGAACUUACGGUCAGGUCUACAAGGCGCGAGAUCAUCAUACUAAUGACAUGGUGGCCCUGAAAAAGGUCCGGCUCGAACACGAAAAGGAGGGUUUUCCUAUUACAGCUGUGCGUGAAAUCAAAAUACUGAGGCAACUAAACCAUCGCAAUAUAGUAAACUUGCAUGAAAUUGUUACGGACAAACAGGAUGCCGUCGAGUUCCGCAAGGACAAAGGAUCCUUCUACCUGGUGUUUGAGUACAUGGAUCAUGACCUGAUGGGCCUGCUCGAAUCUGGCAUGGUCGAUUUCAAUGAGGAGAACAACGCUAGCAUUAUGAAGCAGCUCCUGGAUGGUCUUAACUACUGCCACAAAAAGAAUUUUCUUCAUCGAGACAUCAAGUGCUCGAACAUUUUAAUGAACAACAGAGGUAAAGUGAAACUGGCGGACUUUGGAUUGGCAAGACUGUACAAUGCAGACGAUCGGGAGCGACCCUAUACGAACAAAGUGAUUACCCUUUGGUAUCGACCGCCGGAACUGUUGCUUGGUGAGGAGCGAUACGGUCCGUCGAUAGAUGUAUGGUCCUGCGGCUGCAUCCUCGGAGAACUCUUUGUGAAGCGGCCACUGUUCCCAGCCAAUGCAGAGAUGGCUCAGCUUGAAACCAUAUCGAAGAUCUGCGGAUCACCGGUUCCUGCCGUGUGGCCGAACGUAAUUAAGCUGCCUCUGUUCCACACUCUUAAGCAGAAGAAGACGCAUCGCCGUCGCCUGCGGGAAGACUUUGAGUUCAUGCCAGCCCCUGCUCUAGAUCUGCUAGACAAAAUGCUGGACUUGGAUCCGGACAAGCGCAUAACGGCCGAAGAUGCGCUCCGAUCACCGUGGCUGAAGAAUAUCAACCCCGACGAAAUGCCAACGCCACAGUUGCCCACGUGGCAAGACUGCCAUGAGCUUUGGAGUAAGAAGCGCCGUCGGCAGCUGCGGGAACAACAGGAGUCGCUGCCUCCCACGGUGAUAGCCUCGACCAAAUACCAACAGCAUGGAGCUGCCAUGGUGGGAGAUGCUUAGCAUUUGCUGUUUGCUUCGCUUCUUAAUGUAAGAGAGAGCUACAAACAGCGAGAUGGCGAGGAGUGUUCCUGGUGGCACUAGCAACUAGCCGUAACUAGCAAUAACGUAACCAAUAAUGGGAUUCUGUUAUCCACGAACAGGGCCAGAAUAGGUUGAUUAAGACUUGUUCUAGCCGUUGUCGAGUUUAAGACAGCUUCAAUAAAGUCUUGGCUACAUUUACAAAUUGCUUUAUAUGUUGGGCAAAUUGAAUCAAUCGCUGUAUAAACGAAAAGUGUUAUAUAUAAUCCGCAAGAUACUUUUUGAACAAAUCAUGAUUUUAAAUAUUCAAUUUAAUUUACUUUGCUAUUAGUGUUUUUAAUUUUGGAAUAUUAAAUUGGCAAUCGGCAGACAUCGUGCAUAAGCGGGAACAUUAAAUUCGCGUAACGAAAGUGUAAACUAAUAAUUCAGUACGUAUUCGUAUAUCAUCAAAGGCGAUUUGUAAGUGACCAUGUUUCAAAGCUACGAGAUAAGCGUAUAUAGUGAAGCAGUUAAAGAUUAGCAUUUUAAUUAUAAACAAAUUGUUAAAUAAUAAUAGACUACAUAUAGUGUAUUGACUAGUUUAGUUUAUUGUUAAGUAUUUAAGAAAAGUGUAAAUUAUAAAUGAAUUUAUCAAGUAAAUAUGUACUAAUUUACCCAUAUGCAGGCAUUUGAUAAGUUUAUAUUUUAAUAUGAUGUUUGAGCGCACACAGCAUCAGAAUAAGUUGCAUGAUGUGCGUGAGACUGAAAUCGAUUCACUCCAAAUUAUGUAAAUAGGUUGAUUAAUUCUACCAUUACACACACGAUCAACAAAAGUAAUAUCUCAAAUCGCAAAUCAAAUUGACUAAAUUCAUUUUUGGAACAUCAAACCCUAUCUAAAUAAAAGUGAAAUAUA